CUCUUCUUCUCCAACGUACCGUUAUUAGAGUAAGCAAAGCUACCACUACUCAAAGCUCGGAGCUCAUCAAUGGCGCCUCCGCAGUCCCCCUCCAUCUCCUCAAGAUCCUCGCAAUCGCUCAAGGACGUGAUCGGCGACCUCGACCGCGACUCCUACGUCGCCCUCCUCUCCAAGCUCAUCGGCGAGUCCAAGUACGUUCAAAACAACCCCCCCGACUACGUCCCCAAGGAGAACCUCGUCGCCCGCCACGUGCUCGACGUGCUCCUCCCCCUCUCCACCACCCCCAACAAUGGCGGUGGUGGAGGCCCCCUCGUCGUUAAGCACAUCACCAACCCCAAUUACCCGGACCGCGGCAACGUCAUCGCCGAGUACCCCGGGACCGGCGACGGCGCCGUCUCCUUCGUCGGCAUGCACAUGGACGUGGUCCCCGCCAACCCCGACCAAUGGGAGUUCGAUCCGUUCUCGCUGAGCGUGGACGGGGACAAGCUCCAGGGGAGGGGUACCACGGAUUGCCUGGGACACGUGGCGCUGGUGACGGAGCUGAUGAAGAGGUUGGGGGAGACGAAGCCGACGCUGAAGAACUCGAUCUACGCGGUGUUCAUCUGCAACGAGGAGAACGGCUCGGUCACGGGGAUCGGCGUGGACAUGUUGGCCGAAGAGGGGUACCUUGAUGAGCUCAAGGCUGGACCCGUGUAUUGGAUUGAUGUGGCGGAUAAGCAACCCUGCAUUGGUAGCGGAGGGAUGAUCACGUGGCAUCUCAAGGCACUAGGAAAGCUGUUCCAUAGUGGUUUCCCUAACAAGGCCAUUAACGCAAUGGAGUUGAACAUGGAAGCACUUAAAGUGAUUCAAACAAGAUUUUACAGUGAUGUCCCUCCACAUCCUGAAGAGGAGAAGUACAAGUAUGCCACACCGUCGACUAUGAAACCAACUCAAUGGACUUAUCCAGGAGGGAGUGUGAAUCAGAUUCCAGGUGAAUGUACCAUCUCAGGAGAUGUGAGGCAUAAAUGACGUGUACCAUGCAGACAACGAAUACUGCCUGUUCUCCGACAUGGAGCAAGGCUUUGAAGUGUUUGUGAGCAUCAUCUCCAAGUUAGAAGAAGAUAAAUAAGCGGCCAGGAUUUAGUGCGUACGUAGUUCUGAAUUCCAAUAACAUCCAAGGUUUCUGAUCCUUGGAUGAGGCUUUGCCGCCUCUGCCUACAUUUCUCAAUAAAACAAAAUAAAAUAAACUCCAAGGUUUCAAAUCCUUGGCGUGUCAGUUUCUAUGUUUAGUACGUACUACAUUUUUUCGUCCCUCUGCUUAUGAAGUAUUAUAUAACUCCUGCUUAAUAAACUCUUUA